UACGGUGCCCGGAUGUGGACGUGGCACAGCGCUGCAGCAGUUCCGCCGAAUGUCCGCUUCUGCUCACCAAGAAGGGAUUAGUGAGAAACACCCCGGGACGACAUCGGCUUCACAGUUUGUCGGACACCGGGUUUCACAGAUUCUCCCGAGCAGAGGAUAGCCUUACUAUUUACAACACUUUGGAGAUUUAGGGAUGAACUGAGGAUGAAUGUAAACCAGCACACUCCAAUGGCCUCUCCAUAUGGCCAGCCCCAGCCUGGCUAUGGCCAACCCGGCUACGCACCCCUGGAUGGGGGAUACCCCGCACCUUACGCACCCUACAACGGCCCUUCUUCAGCCUAUCAGCCUGGGGCUCCACCACAAGGUUAUUCUCCUUUCACAAACUUUCCCUCUAAGGCUGUGGUUGCCAACCCAGUCUCUGACCUCUCCUCUCCUCUUGACUUAGGUCCUGCCAGGGGUCCUCCCACCUCUGGCGCCCCUCCAGUCUCGGCGCCUCAACAAUAUAAUCAGUACAGUCAAGGAGACAUGCAGAAUGGACCCCCACCCUUGACACAGGCCCCAUCUAGGCCUGCUGCUUCUCAGCUGUACAACCAGGGAGCUGUGAACCUGUCAGGGCCACAACCCUCCUAUCCCCAAAACUACGGGCCCCAACCCUCAAUGCAGCAGGUCACUAGCCAGAUGACUGGGAUGCAGCUCACCUCUGGAGCGCCAACCCCUACAGGGCCAGGAUAUGCUCCACCUCGCAGCUCACAGCAUCCUGCCAGUUCCGCCUACUCAGCCGCACCCCCACCAUCUUACACCCAAGCCCCUCCCCCUGCGUCCUCUGCCCAGACCCAACCACCCCCUCCCAGUGGCCCUGCAGCAUCUCAACAAUACUAUGGAGGCCCACCACCUCCUUCUCAACAGCCAUUUAACUCUUCUCUUCCCCCUACCUCUCAACGACAGUUCCCCUCUCCUGGGCUGCCACCUUCUUCCUCUCAGCAAACUUUUCCUCCCUCCUCCUACUCGGGUCCUGUGUCUCCACCCAGCCAGGCACCUGCUCCCCCAGUGUCCCAGCCACAGCAGUCAUUCCCUCCCACCCAGCCGCCCUUCUCCUCAGCACCUCCACCUGUCAGCCAGCCUGCCUUCGCCCCCGGCCCGCCUCCCCCCACCCAGGGCUCCUUCCCACCUAGGGCACCCCCUCCUUCCUCUCAGCCUGGGUCUUUUCCACCUCCUGGUCCUCCUCCAACCUCAAUGCCCUCUGGCCAGUACCCAGGCCCCAUGCCACCCCAACAGCAGCCCCCUCCAUCACAGCCACACUCUUACCAAUCAGGCCCCCCUCCUAUCAGAACUCAGAUGCCUCCCAUUUCCAUGGCCCAGAGCAACCACCUGCCUCCAGGACCACAGGGCCCACCAUGCCCUCCUGGGCCCAUGCAGCAGCCUCCAUCUCAGCCUGGCAUGCAGGGAGGAUACCCUCCCCAGCAGAACGGUGCGUUUGGACAGGUUAGAGGUCCUCAGCCUGGCUAUGCAGGUCCUUAUCCCGGGCAACCAAACUACGGAGCCCCUGCACCAGCCCCUGCUCCUGGUCCUCCUGCACAGAAAAGACUUGACCCAGAUGCCAUUCCUAGCCCGAUCCAGGUAAUAGAGGACGACAGAGCUAAGUGCACGGAGCCAUUUACCACAGGGGUCAGAGGUCAGGUCCCACCGCUGGUCACCACCAACUUCCAGGCCAAAGACCAAGGGAAUGCCAGUCCUCGGUUUGUUCGCUGUACGGCCUACAAUGUGCCUUGCACAGCCGAUAUGGCCAAGCAGUCUCAGGUGCCUCUGGCCGCUGUCAUCAAGCCCCUCGCCACGCUGCCGCCAGAUGAGACGCCUCCAUACCUGGUGGACCACGGCGAGGCUGGUCCAGUCCGCUGCAACCGUUGCAAGGCCUACAUGUGUCCAUACAUGCAGUUCAUAGAGGGAGGUCGGCGCUUCCAGUGUGGCUUUUGCAGCUGCGUCACAGAAGUGCCUCCACAUUACUUCCAGCAUCUAGACCACACCGGUAAGAGGGUGGAUUGCUAUGAUAGGCCGGAGCUGUCGCUGGGCAGCUACGAGUUUGUGGCCACGGUCGACUACUGCAAGAACAACAAGAUUCCACAGCCUCCAGCCUUUAUCUUCCUUAUUGAUGUGUCCUACAACGCUGUGAAGAGCGGGAUGGUCAACAUUGUCUGCCAGGAACUCAAGACCCUCCUAGACUACCUGCCCAGGGAGAACCCAGAAAUGGACUCUGUAGUGCGGGUGGGUUUUGUCACCUACAACAAGGUUUUGCACUUCUACAACGUUAAGGCGAGCCUGGCCCAGCCCCAGAUGUUGGUGGUGUCAGAUGUAUCCGACAUGUUUGUCCCCCUGCUCGACGGCUUCCUUGUCAACGUAAACGAGAGCCGGCUUGUUAUCGAGAGUUUGCUGGACCAGAUCCCAGAGAUGUUUGCAGACACCAGGGAGACAGAGACAGUCUUUGGACCUGUUAUCCAGGCAGGACUGGAGGCACUCAAGGCUGCAGACUGCUCGGGGAAGCUGUUUGUGUUUCACACCUCUCUGCCCAUCGCAGAGGCUCCUGGAAAACUAAAGAACAGAGAAGACAAGAAGCUGGUUGGGACAGAUAAGGAGAAGUCUCUGUUUCAGCCCCAGGUGGGAUUCUACAACACCCUGGCUAAGGAGUGUGUAGCCCAGGGCUGUUGUGUGGAUCUCUUCCUCUUUCCCAACCAGUAUGUGGACGUUGCCACGUUAGGGGUGGUUCCUGUCUCAACUGGUGGUUCCAUCUACAAAUACACCUAUUUCCAGGCUCAGUCGGACACGGAGCGAUUCCUGAACGACCUCAGACGAGACGUUCAGAAACUAGUCGGCUUUGAUGCCGUGAUGAGGGUGCGAACCAGCACAGGUAUCCGGGCGACGGACUUCUUCGGCUCCUUCUUCAUGAGUAACACCACAGAUGUGGAGCUGGCAGGCCUGGACUGUGACAAGGCCAUCACUGUCGAGUUCAAACACGACGACAAGCUCAGCGAGGAGACGGGGGCACUCAUGCAGUGCGCCGUGCUUUACACCAGCUGCAGCGGCCAAAGGCGUCUCCGCGUCCACAACAUGGCGGUCAACUGCUGCUCUCAGCUGGCUGACCUCUACCGCAACUGUGAGACGGACACAAUCAUCAACUUCUUCUCCAAAUAUGCUUUCCGAGGCCUCCUGAGCAACCCCACUAAGGCGGUAAGAGACACUCUGAUCAACCAGUGUGCUCAGAUUCUGGCCUGCUACCGAAAGAACUGUGCAAGCCCCUCAUCAGCUGGUCAGCUGAUCCUUCCAGAGUGCAUGAAGCUGCUACCGGUCUACCUGAACUGUGUGCUGAAGAGUGACGUGCUGAUGCCGGGAGCUGACAUCUCGUUGGACGACCGGGCUUACCUGAGGCAGCUGAUCAGCGGCAUGGACGUCGCAGAGAGCCACAUCUUCUUCUACCCCCGCCUGCUGCCACUGACGAAGUUGGAAAGCGGGUCGUUGCCCUUGGCGGUGAGGGACUCGGAGGAGAGGCUGUCUAAAGGUGGAGUUUACCUCCUGGAGACGGGACUGCACCUCUUCCUGUGGGUGGGAGCCAGCGUUCAGCAGGAACUGCUGCUCAACAUUUUCGGCACGCAGAGCUUCAGCCAGAUAGAUCCGAGCUUGACAAGUCUGCCAGUGCUGGACAACCCCUUCUCUCAGAGACUCCGAGACAUCAUUGAAUCCUUCAGAGCACAGCGAUCACGAUACAUGAAGCUGAUGGUGGUCAAACAGGAAGACAAAGCUGAGCUGAUAUUCAGGCACUUCUUGGUCGAGGACAAAAGCGCCAGCGGAGGAGCGUCAUAUGUGGACUUCUUGUGUCACAUGCAUAAGGAGAUCCGCCAGCUUCUCAGCUAGGCCUACAGACACCCAGCUUCACCAGUGUGACCCAAACACUAACACCCCCCACCCCCCCAGGUUCACCCUCUUACUUGUGAAAGAAAGCGUUUUUUUUUUUUUUUUUUUAAACCCAAAUAAACUAAAGCUCUCCAUGCUGUCUGUCAGCUGAGAGACGAGCUGACAGAUCGUGUGUGCGAGUGUGUUAGUGUGUGUGUUAGUGUGUGUGUGUGUGUGUGUGUGAGUGAGUGUGAAAGAGAGAGCUUUACUCUGCCUCAAAUCUACUACUCCUACACAGCUAGAGCAAAAUAACUAACGAGGGAGGGUAACGUAUAUACACAAUUAAACAAUUAUGUAUGCAACUGAGUGAGAGACGGAGACAGCUGGCUGAUGUUGACUGUAGUCAGGGUACUGUCUGGAUUACUAGCACUGAAAGGCUGUUUUGGGUGCAUUAAUGACCCUCCGAUAGCAAACACAUUUUAUAUGAUUAAAUCCCAAUAGAGUGAAGGACAUCUACAUACCAAUACAUACAUGGAAUUAAAUAAAUGCUGUUCUUUCUGUCUCUUCUCCCCUUUAAUCAUGGCCUUAGUACCCCCCC